AUGACUACCGGUGCUAAUACAGAUCAAACACAAUGGCAUACGGUUACUUGUAAUGGAUCUACUUUUACAUUACCCAUACGAUAUGAAAAUCCAGCUCAUAUUGGACAAGGAGCUUUUGGUGCUGUCAUUCGAGCAACUGACACAAAAACAGGCAAACAAGUAGCUAUUAAGAAAAUACGUAGUCCGUUUCAAAGUCAAGAACAUGCAAAACGAACUUAUCGUGAACUUAAACUUCUCAUACAUCUCAAUCAUGAAGAUGCACACAUUGUGCAAAUAUAUAAUGUAUUUACACCCGAUCAGGAUUUGUACCAAGAUCAAUUGCUGAUUUCACAAGUUUAA